GCUAGCUAUACUUUUAUUUGGAUGGUAUUUUUAUGGAGGCUGCUACAUAGGGGUUUCACUUUUCAACAUAAUCUUCAUAGGAUUGGAAUUCACCUGGCUUCUCACCUGGAUUCAUACUCUCUUUCAGUAGAUUUGGAAGUGGAUCAGUGCCAACUCAUCUUGUUGGAGCUACUCUACUGCGUGGAGAGUGGAAAGCAGCUGUAAACAUGAUUCUUGAUCCAAGAGAAGGGGAUAUCCUUUAACAUUUCCCAUCUCCCCUCAGAUGAAUUUACAUAAAUCUCAACAAUUGAAUUUCCCCCAUUCCUAUUUCCUUGCAUCAUGCAUCUGCUGUUAUCCUUAAGCUAGCGUUCUAUGCUCUGUGAUAAUUAUAAAUGGAGAUAUAUUUUUCUCAACUUAACUCUUGAACACAGAAGGAUGUCGUCAGUAAAGUAAGGGAAUAUUACAAGGAGACUGGUGAUAUUGAUGGUACUCUAAGGCAAAUACCUCGCCAUAUGGUUGCUGAACGGGCUAUUCUACAAUGCCUAAAGAAAAACCAAGCAAACUAUUUACAAGCUCUUAAGGGUAUACCUAGGACUCUUCGAAUGAUGUAUGUACAUAGUUAUCAAAGUUAUCUGUGGAACCAUGCAGUAAGCUUCAGGGUGCAAAAGCAUGGAUUUGACCAAGUUGUAGUGGGAGACUUGGUGCUUUGCAAAGAAAACUGUACUGGAAAUGAAACUUCGUAUUUUGAAUGUGAAAAUGGUAGUGAAAAUGCCACAAAUGAUAACACCAACAUAGAUGAAGUUUCUGAAACUGAUAUUCCUGAGGAAACACAUAUCUUAGUGAAGGUGGUGAAUGAAGAAGAUAUAAAAUCAGGAACUUAUUCAGUCGACGAUGUUGUCCUUCCAUUGCCUGGGUCAAGAGUAAUUUAUCCAUCAAAUGAAAUUGCAAAAGUAUACCAUGAUCUAGCAGAAAAGGAUGGCAUCAAAUUGGCUGAGUGCACACACAAUGUCAAGGAGUUUUCGAUAACCAGUAUGACUGGUGGAUAUAGACGUGUUUUCCAAAAACCGAAGGAGUUUGAAUGGGAAUUGCUUUCUUAUACUGAUGGUACACAACCUCUGGUGGAAACGGAUUGGGAUAUUAUUGCUAAAUCAAUGCGAAAUAGCCAGGAACCAGGCACAGAACCUGACGACAAAGAUAUCAUUAUGAGCAGAGAAGUGUCACAAUCUGAGGAAGACUUGGAUAGUUCUACUGCUCAGGGAAGCCAAAUGGCUCUAAAAAUGAGUUUUACCCUGCCUGCCUCUUGUUAUGCAACCAUGGCUGUGAGGGAGCUGCUGCGAUCAUCAACAUCUGUUGCAUAUCACAAGUCCUUAAAUGAGUCAUAAACAAGCCCACUUUGAAGAUUUUUGUUAGUCCAUUUUUCAACUAUUGGAUACAAGGUAUUGCAUCUCUUAUUGCUAUUAUACAUUGUGCAUUGAAGAACACUAAGAGGCUGUUUGUUUCAGCCUCUUAAUGGUUCAACACAUGGUUCAGACUGUUUGUUUCAGCCUCUUAAUGGUUCAGAUGUCUGAAUGGCUCAGACAUUUGCCUCUGAAUGGUUAAGUAUUAUACAUAGUCUGAAUGGUUAAGACCUCUUAUCUGAAUUGAUCAGACAUUUGCCUCUGAAUAGUUAAAUCAAUAUACUAGCUCUUAAUGG